AUGCCUCGCCCCGAGCGAGAUCUCCGCGUCGCGUCGCCCGGCGCGAGCUCCGCGAGCUCCGUCUUCGCGCGGCGCGGCCGCGCGGCGCGGUCGUCGUCCUCCGCGCGUCGUCUCCUCCGCGCGGCCGCGCUCGCGUGCUGCGGCUUCGCGACGCUCCUCCUCUUCGGUCUGCGACCUCCACCGCUCUACGACGUCUUCGAUCUCUACUCCGCCGACGCGGGGAACGCGCGCGGGUUCGUGGAAGCGAAGCACUGCCAUCCGUUCUUCGCGCCGAAGCACGAGCGCGUCGUCGUCGCGUCGCCGCCAACGCGCACGAAGCGGCUGAGCGGCAUGCGCGCGGGGUACUGCCCGUGCGCGGACGACGCGAGAGGGACCACGAUCGCGGGCGCUAAAGGAUGCGGCUCCAAGCCGGUGGCGUGCGGCGUCGAGUGCGCGCGACGCCCGGUCCGGGGGACGAAGCCGCCGAGGUGCGCGCGGAAGAAGCGGACGUCGUGCGAGAUUUCGGGGCCCAGAGGUCGCGACGGGAGAAGCUAUCAUCCCAACGUGAAGCGGCCGUCGAGAUCGGUCGUCGCGUUCGCGGCGUCGUUCGCGGACGCGAGGGGGCCGCCGCUCGGGGUCAAACUCCCGGGACCCGCGAAGAAGCCGCGGCGCGACCCGACGCGGGACUUCGUCGUCCGAGGCGAACGACUGAGCGCUCGAGACGUGACGCGCGUGAAGCGGCGGUUAGAGGCGUUUAAACGCGCCGCGCCGAGUUACCCCGCGACGACGUUUAAAGGCCGCGGGAUCGUCGUCGUCGGAGGGAAUUCGCGGCGGCUUCAGACGUCGUAUUUCGUCGCCGCGCACGCGAUUCGCAGAACCGGGUGCGCGCUCCCGAUUCAGCUGUGGUUCCCGGAGGGGGAGAUGCCGUCGUGCGAGCGCGUCGCCGCGCUCGCGGAGCUCCGCGUCGACGUGGUCUCGUUCGCGGCGUUUAAAGACGCGGGCGUCGGGGGCGGGAGUUCGAAGAGGUGUUACUCUUAG